UCCAAGCCAACAGACAGAGAAUCAGUGUCAACUUCAGUGCGGUCAGGAACAGAACUUUGGUGUCGUUGAUUUGAAUUCUUAGAAAACUUUUAGAUGAGAUUUGUGUUGUAUAAGAGCUUCAUAGGCUAUUACGGGUGCACUUAGUUCGAGCGCGACAAACGUCCAGGGCAGAAGUGCUAUAAUGCGAGUUUGAAAUCUCUUUCCAUCCAUUCUGCGUUUCUUGUUACCCCGGUGUUGCUUGUGUUGUGAGUUUUGAUGUUUUGUUUGAUGCUGAAACAUAUUUCAACGAAGAGAAUAUAGAACAAACUUUGCGGGAUCGCAUUUGGAGGAGUUUUUCGUGCAAAAAGAACAAACUUGUUUCCCACUGGAACUGCAUCCAUCAGCGAGAGGAUGGCCUCGGAGAAAUAACAUCCAUGGCAUAUUGUUGAAAAGUUAACACAGCACCGAGGACGAUUUUCGGUGGUCCAAAACAUCAUCCCAUAUGCCAUAUGGUGCAGCAUCCGUCCUUUCCAGAGUCGUUUUAAAACAUUGCCCGGCAGUCAGCAAGCAACAUUGAACCGAGCAGAACCAAGCUGAUUACCGACUGAACGGUAGCUUUUCGCCGCCCCUUAACAGGAAGCUGCUUGUUAUUAAAACUAAAACAGGAUUGAAAACAUUAGCGUUGCAGUAAAUAACGAACACGCUCGGUGCAUCAUUACGACCGGAACGCAAAGGAUACAUAUUCAAAGAAGGCAGAGCAGAGCAGGUUUCGAUUCCAGGUCGCCCUGCUUGAUACGAAAGCCUCGUGAUGAGAACCAAAUUCACCCGGGCACUUUUACUGGAGUGCUACUUUAUCGCUCUGCUGCUCGCAUCAAUCAAUGCUGAAGAAAAAUGGUCCUGGUCGAAGAAUGACAACGGAGGCAACAAUGGGAACAAUCGUCUCAGUAGUGGCAGCAGCAGCAGAGACACAAUCCCCGACAGGACCAACGUUCGGAGCGAUGUCAUCCAGUUCCAGGACACAAAACGGCCGGGAGGCGAUGAUGGGAGAAGAUACAGCUCACAGCCAGACGUACGGCAAGGCCGCUACGAAGUAAAGGAAACCACAACUCGGCGACCAUCGUUCGGCAAACCGCUGAGCGACGAGUUUUCCGGAGAAGUGAACGGCCAAAACCAGCCCAACGACUUUGGACUUAAUCAACGAUUCGGUGGUCCGAUUAAUGGACAGUUUCCUCUCAAUCCUUAUGGAGGGAAUCCUGGCUUUGGAGGAGGAAAUCCUUAUAUUGGAGGAGGUGGAUUUCCCCAGCAAGCUGGUUUUGGAGGAGGCUAUGGUGGAGGAUUUGGCGGAGGGUAUGGAGGAGUGAAUGGAGGAGGCAAUGGUAUUUUGGUUGGACCAGAAGGACCGACUGGAAUCAUUGGGCGACCCUACAAAGGUUAUGGUGGAUUUUCUGGUGCUGGCGGUUAUGGACCUUACUCAGGAUUCGGAAAUCAGGGAGCUUUCGGGCGGCCAGGAGGUAGUUACUAUCCACAAGGUAAUCAUUACCCAGGAGGAGGAUUUUAUGGCGGACAAGGAGGUCAGUUCGGCCCAGGUCAAUUUGGUCCGGGACAAUUUGGUCCAGGACAGUACGGACCAAACCAAUUUGGAUCGAAUCAAUUUGGACCAAAUCAGUUUGGCCCAGGCCAGUUCGGGCAGAGGCCGAUAGGUGGACAGGGACCGAUCGGUGGAUUCGGACCUGCAGGAGGAGCUUUUGGAGGUCCUUUCGGUCCACAGUUUGAUCAAGCAAAACAAGCCACGAAAAAGGUUGAGAAAAAAUCAAUUUAAUUAACAGAAUAUUGUUGACCCUGUGAUAUGUUGUUGAAAUCGAAUAAAAAUUGGAAUAAUUAAAACUUA